UGGCGGAAUAGUCCUGGAGGCCCCGGGCGCCGAUGUCCUGGAUUGAAACCGGCUGGCGGGGAUUUAUGCAAGUAUUCUCGUGUCUCACCAGCCACGCAAGUGCCGCUUAGUGUAACACCGCUUGGACCUGCCAUGUCGGCGCCCAGACUAGGCGGCCCGGCGGGGAGGCAGCUGCUGCGUCUGGUGCUGCUGCAGGCGGCCUGGGCGGCGGGGAGCGGCCCGCUGCAGUACUCGGUGCCGGAGGAGGCCAAGGCCGGCACGCUGGUGGGCCGCCUGGCCCAGGACCUGGGGCUGGAGGCCGGCGCGGCGCGGAGGCUGCGGCUGGUGUGGAAGGGCGGGCGCGACUCGCUGGAGGUGAAGGCGGAGAGCGGGGCGCUGGUGGUGCAGUCGCGGCUGGACCGGGAGGAGCUGUGCGGCCAGAGCGCGCGCUGCGCCCUGCACCUGGAGGUGCUGGUGGACAAGCCGCUGCGGGUGUUUCACGUGGAGGUGGAGAUUCAGGACAUCAACGACAACGCGCCCGUGUUCCCGGUAGGAGAGCGAAAUCUCUUUAUAUUAGAAUCGAGACUGCCGGGCUCCCGCUUCCCACUAGAGGUCGCAUCUGAUGCGGAUAUCGGCACAAAUGCUUUGCUGAGCUACAAACUCAGCCCUAGCGAAUAUUUUUUUCUCGACUUGCAAACCAAUGGUGACCAAAGCAAAUCCGCAGAACUUGUGUUGAAGAAACCUCUGGACCGCGAGGAGACCCCCGUGCACCACUUGCUCCUGACGGCGACUGACGGGGGCAAACCGGCGCUGACGGGCACUGUUGAGCUGGUGAUCACGGUGCUGGACGUGAACGACAACGCGCCCGUGUUCAGCCAGGCGGUUUAUGAAGUGAGUUUGCCGGAGAACGCAGCUAACGGGACCUUAGUCAUAAAACUCAACGCCACCGACUUGGACGAAGGGGUUAACGCGGAGGUGCGUUAUUCGUUCAAGAGCUCAGACUUGGACGAAGGGAUUAAUAAGGAUAUUUCAUACGCCUUCAGUAGUCUUGUUUCUUCCGUUGUGAGACAAUUGUUCAGUAUAGACUCAGGAAGUGGCGAAAUCCGAGUUAAAGGGGAACUGGAUUUCGAAGACACGAAUUUCUACAGCAUUCAAAUUGAAGCUACGGACAAGGGCGCUUACACCAUGUCCGGACACUGCCGCGUUGUGGUGGCGCUUGUGGACGUGAACGACAACGCGCCGGAGCUGUGGGUGACGCCGCUGUCGGUGCCGGUGGCGGAGGACGCGGCGCCGGGCACGGUGGUGGCGCUGAUCCGCGCGCGGGACCGGGACUCGGGCGCCAACGGGGCCGUGACGCUGUGGCUGCGGCCCGAGGCGCCGUUCCGGCUGGUGUCGAGCUUCCGCGACUCCUACUCGCUGGUGCUGGCCGAGGCGCUGGACCGGGAGCGCGUGGCGGCCUACGAGGUGGAGGUGCGGGCCCGCGACGCGGGGGCGCCGGCGCUGGGGGCCAGCAGCCGCCCGGCGGCGCUGGUGUGCGCCAGCGAGGUGGGCAGCUGGUCGUACUCGCAGCGCCACAGCCGCCAGCUGGGAGUCGGCGAGGCGGCGGGCAAGGCCGACCUCAUGGUGUUCAGCCCCGGCUGCCCGCCCGCCGCCGCCGCCGGCAGUGCGGACAAGAAGACGGGAGGCGGCGGCGCCGGCCCGGAUGGCAGCGCAAUGGCGGCGCUGGUGUGCGCCAGCGAGGUGGGCAGCUGGUCGUACUCGCAGCGCCACAGCCGCCAGCUGGGAGUCGGCGAGGCGGCGGGCAAGGCCGACCUCAUGGUGUUCAGCCCCGGCUGCCCGCCCGCCGCCGCCGCCGGCAGUGCGGACAAGAAGACGGGAGGCGGCGGCGCCGGCCCGGAUGGCAGCGCAAUG